AUGAUGGGAUACGAGUUUGCACAAUACGUCAAUAAAUACCUUAAAAUCAAUGGUUUCCCGACCCGAUCUAUUGCAAAAAUUGACAGCAAUCCAGCAAAGUCCAAACAUCUCGAAACGGCAACAACAAAACUAUUUGAUCAAGAAGUCGAUUUUGCGAAUCUGCGAACCGAAGUCUAUGAGGAGAAUAGCAGGAUACCAUCAACUAUUGCCUUUGGAACUCCAACAGACGAUGCACAUCGACGCGAUAUCACCAUCAACAGCUUAUUUUACAACGUCAACACAAAACGCGUUGAGGAUUUCACGGAAAAGGGUCUUUACGAUCUGCAGCACGGACUUGUACGUACGCCGCUUGAACCUUUUGAAACAUUCAGAGAUGAUCCACUCCGUGUUUUGCGGUGCGUUCGAUUCGCCAGCAGAUUCAACUUUGAGCUGGUACCUGAGCUGGUCGAAUCUGUCAAGAACGAAACGAUCCGAGAUGCAUUGGAUAGUAAGAUUAGCCGUGAGCGUAUUGGUAUUGAGCUGGAGAAAAUGAUGACGGGUCCUUCACCCUUAUAUGCAGUUCAGAUGCUUCAUCAGCUGGGGCUGUAUAAUUUGGUGUUUGCACAACCUACUACAAUUAUUUCUGGCACAGUUGGCGACUCGUCGUUGGCUGUUCGAGCAGUCGGAGCAGUACAAUGGCUAUCAAAUCAAAAGAUGGAAAAGUUACGGCCGCAAUCUGCAGAUGAACGGCGAUUGCUCUAUCUAAACAGUUCUCUAUUGCCUUUCCUUGGCGUAUCAGCAGAAUUUAAAAGAAGAAGCACACCUGCUGUGCAUCUAGUCUUAAGAGACUCUAUCAAGUUUUCAAAUUAUGAUAUGAACGGAUCUACCACCUUGUUUCGAGGUGUUCCAAUGUUUCAAGAAGCAGUUAACCAGAAUGACAUUUCUCGCAGCGAACUCGGCAUGAUUAUCCGGGAAAUGGGAAGUCUGUGGGAGGUUGCACUGAAAUUGUCUUUGGUGAAAGAACUUCUUGAAGCACACAGCGCAGUCCCAUGGGAAAAGCCUGAAUUGAACCAAGUAACCGAGAGCGACGUUUGUGUAAAGUAUCAAAAUCUACUUGAAAAAGCAGAAACCUAUGGUAUUACGAAAUGUUACCAAUGGAAAACUAUGCUGGAUGGUAAAAAAGUAGCAUCUGUACUUGGUAUCAGACCUGGUCCAGGAAUGGCGCCUCUGUUGCAGCAAACUAUGAUUUGGCAACUGGAGCAUCCUGAAGGCACAGAGGAGGAGUGCAGAGAAAUGAUAAAGCGUCAUUGGGAAGCACAACAACAACAAUAA